GUGUCUUCGAAAUGAACGCAGGCCACACCUGACUUCCAGCUGAUAGCAACCUAAAGCAUGAAUCCUUCGGGUUGUUCGAAGGAAGACACGUCUUCCAAACUGCUCCAGUCUUCCGGGAAGACAGAUGCAUCUAUCUUUGAGUAUGCGCCGGAUACACGACUUGGAUGUGACUUUGUCCCGCCAGAAGAUGACGUAACAGUUCCUGGUUCUCUUUUAAAUUAUGAAGGAAAACAGCGGACAGAUGCUGACGACAACGCCUUUGACCGUGGUGGAUACGGCUGGGUGGUAUGUGUCGCCUGUUUCGCCGGACAGUUCAUGUUCCCUCUGGGACUCAGCUAUGGUCUGUUCAACGUCGUCCUCCUGGAACAGUUCGGCGGGACCAAGAUGGAGACGGCUCUUGUUGGUUCUGUUUGCUAUGGGCUGAUGCAAGGCAUGGGUGUGGUGUCCGGUACUUUAGCCAACCGCCUCGGCCACAGGAUGACCUGCAUGAUAGGAAGUUUGUUGACAACAUCAGGUUACAUCAUCAGCGCAUUCUCACCGAAUCUUGGCCUUCUCUAUUUCUCCUACGGCGUUAUGACCGGAACCGGUGUCUCAAUGAUGACUUUCACAACCAGCAUCAUGGUUAACUUCUAUUUCAAGAAAUACCGCAAUCUGGCAGUGGGGAUAAUGACGUCAGGUGCUGGCGUCGGCUACUUGGUAUUUCCACUGAUGAUCGAACAUUUUAUCGAAACAUACUCGUGGAGGGGAGCCAUGGUAUUGCUAGCUGGGAUAUCUUUUCAAGGCUGUGUUGUCGGCGCCCUGUUGAGACCCAACGAACGCCUGAAGACAUUUAGAGCAAGGACAGAACAACCAAAGACCACUCUUCACUUGAGAUUGUUCAGAAAAUGGACGUUUAUUUUGCUGAUUUUUAUCUUGUUCACUUACGGUAUAAGCGCGUCAAUAUUUUUCACCAUUUGUCCCCACAGGGUUGUGACAUAUGGAUUCAGUAUAGAGCAAGGAGCACUAUUGUUGUUCCUGACUGGCAUUGCCUCACUCGCCGCCAGACUAUUUAUCGGGGUGGUCUUUCAGUUCUUCAAAUAUAACACCAGUAUUGCCUUAGGAACAGCCAUAACUGGCAUGGCUGUUGCUCAUUUAGUACUGGCCUUCCAUCACAACCAACUAUGGGUUCUUAUUCUAGUCUCAGUGGGAUUCGGGUUGAUGUUUGGACUGUUGGCGUAUAGCUAUACCUUAUGUGUUGUGACAUUUUUUGGCCUUGAGCGUCUCAACAGUGCCUUUGGGUUCAUCGUCACCGGUAACGGACUGGGAGGGUUACUGGGACCGUCUUUAGCAGGGUUUUUAUACGACUCUACCGGUGACUACCAGGUUGCAUUUUCUGUUGCAAGUGCCUUAGCCUUUAUUGGCGGUUUGUUGAAUAUACCAAUGUACUUUUACAUGCGAAGAAAGCUAACGCACAAAAUAGUUAUAGAUUAAAAGUCUUUUAUUGUUUAAUACAUGGUUCAAUUUCACCUUUUUGUGUU